UUAAAACCCUAACUCUUCUUCCUUAGAUUCCACAACAAACCCUUGUAAAACAAAGGAAAAAAAAAGAAAGAAAGAAAAUCCCUUGUCUUUCUUUGUUUUCUUCUUCUCUGCUCUUAGAUUUUUCUUUAUCUAAAUUAUGGCUGGAAAAAGGAACCAAACUAGCCCCAUCGGAAGCCCCUCGUCUGGGAACAUCUCCGACAGCUCUUCCAAAGAGCAAGACCGUUUCCUUCCCAUCGCUAACGUGAGUCGUAUCAUGAAGAAAUCUCUCCCUGCAAAUGCAAAAAUAUCCAAAGAAGCUAAAGAAACUGUUCAAGAAUGUGUCUCUGAGUUCAUAAGCUUUAUCACCGGUGAAGCUUCUGAUAAGUGCCAAAAAGAGAAGAGGAAGACCAUAAAUGGCGAUGAUCUUUUGUGGGCUAUGACCACACUGGGUUUUGAGAAUUAUGUUGGACCCUUGAAGGUCUAUCUCAACAAGUAUAGAGAAACUGAAGGAGAGAAAAAUUCCAUGGCUAGACAAGAAGAUCACCAGUCUCCUCCUCCUCCCGCUGCUGCUGCUGCUAUCGAUAACCUUGGUAAUGAAAUUAACAAAGUAAAUGGUUCUGUAUCAACGGAGCUGAAAUUUCUAGGAUUCAACGGUACUGGAUUCUAUUCGCUUGGUGCGCAAGUAACUCCAACGACAUAUGGAGAGAACUCAAGGUUCGUUGGCCACGGACACAAUUUGGUGGAUGCUGCUGCUUUCAAUAUGAACAGUACACGUGAAAAUGGAGAUGCUAAUAGCAAUAGACCUAUGGCUGCUCAGAUUCAUCAUGGUGUUGAAUGGUAGAUAUAUAUUUAAAAUAAUAUUUUUAUAUACAUAUCAUAUGUAUUGUAAGUCCA